AAAGUCGCUGCCAACUUUUGUGGCCGAAAACAAAAAAAAAAAAAACUAAAAGACGUGCUUUUUGAACUGUCUUACCAUGUUUUUGCACAAUCGUUAAGCGUUGAGUCUGCUUUCGACAGCCCAACAGGAAGGUUCUGAACGUUCGGUCUACACCGCCUAAGUGAAGCUCUGUUUCCUUAACGAAACUAAAACGAAAGCUUUGGUUAUUUUUUGUUCAAAAAAAUAACAAAAAUUCGAAUUUUGAAAAAAAAAAAAUUUUUAUAAAAAAAAAUAAUUGAAAAAAAAAAAAAAAUAAAAACCCCAAAUAAAAAUCGUCCAACAAAAAUCAUCUAACAAAAAUAUUUAAAGUGUUCCAGUGUUUGUGUAUUUGAGUAGUGAUUGUGUCACGGCCAUUUCUGCCAACGAUAUCCCCUCCCAAACAAAAAAAAAAAUCACUUAAUUUUUGUUCAUACAUUCAAAUGCUGCAUGUGCUAUUUUGACAUGGAAUUUUGUAUUUACUCUAUUUAUUAAUACCAUUUUUUUUUACCAAUGUUCGACAACAUCCAACCGUUCAUACAUUGAACCCAAACACCAAAAAAACAAGCAAGCGUUACUUUUAAAGCGAUUUUCUAUAUUAAAAAAAAAAAAAAUUGUGGUGUGCUUUUUUUCAACGAUUUUUAAACCAAUCAUUAUUUCCAAAAAAAAAAUCAACAUCCAAAAAAAAAAAAAAAUUCAAUAACGCUUUACUAUAUCAACAUUGCAAAUUGAAUGUGAAAUAACACAAUUACAGAGUGAUUUGUCAAAAUUAAUGGAAACAACAUCGAACAGUGUCCAUUGAUAUUCUCCUAGGAAAGCACAUCCACUUUUUUCUUGUUAUAAAAAAAAACACACACACACACAAAAAACAAAAAAAUUUUGUGAAAUUUGAAUUUUAACGACAAUCAAGUGACGACAUUUGUUACAUUUUUACGCUCAACGAAUCACAAUUGGAUUAGGAUUUACCAUUGGAAAGCUAUUGUUUGCAUUUAACUGGCUAUAAGAUUGAAUUUCUUCAAAUCCUUGUUUCUGACAUUUCCACGAAUUCAUUUCGACAUUGGCAUAUUAAGACAAUCAAUUAGGUUUGGCCUGCACACAUACGCAAAAAGUCAUAUUAGCUGGCCGCAGGACAAACAACAAACACUAGCAAAGGGAAACACUAGCGAGGAGACUGCCAGCGAGGGACAGUGUGGGCGAACACACACAAAGGGAUUUGGUGCGGCAUUAACAUCAUCACUUGCCGCAAACAUUGGCCAUGAUUAAUGAGAUGGCAACAAUACAAACAGACCUUAAAUUCGACACUCACAUAAAGGAUUAUACGACAAAUAUGAAAACGUUCAACAAAUCCCACACCAAUGGAAAACUUUCAAUGAAAGCGGCAGCCGCUGCUGCACCUCUCCUCCUCUAUCCAAAAGCUGAGGCCACCAACAUUAUGGAUGUCAUGCAGGAAACACCCAUGCAAAUGUUCUACAAGGAUAAAGGCAUAUUUCUGACUGGAGGCACAGGAUUCUUUGGUAAAAUUAUAAUUGAAAAAUUAUUACGCGUUACCGAUGUGGGACAAAUCUUUUUGCUGAUACGCACCAAAAAGGGCAAAGAUGUGCAGACCCGCUUGGAUGACAUUUUCAAUGAACCGGUCUUUGAGAAACUAAAAAAAUUCUCUCCCAAUUACCGUGACAAAAUCACAGUCAUCAGUGGUGAUGUGUCGCUGCCCAGCCUAGGCAUCUCUGAGGAGGAUCGUGAAUUACUGCGAGAGCAGGUUAACAUAAUUAUUCAUGGUGCAGCCACAGUACGCUUUGAUGAGAAACUUAAAGUCGCCAUUGGCAUCAAUGUCAAUGGAACCAAAGAAAUCUUAAGAUUGGCCCGUGAAAUUGUCCAUCUUAAGGCAGUGGUCCAUGUGUCCACAGCAUUUGCCCAUUGCAAUCGUAAACACAUUCAGGAGAAAUACUAUAGCUGUUCCCUAUCCGGUGAUAAGGCUUUGCAAUUGGGUGAAUGUCUGGAUGAGCAGACACUGAAUACAUUGACACCAACAAUUGUUAAGGAUUUCCCCAAUACUUAUGCAUUUACCAAAGUAUUGGCUGAGGAUAUAAUACAGACAUAUGGUGGAAAUUUGCCGGUGACCAUAUUUCGUCCGGGCAUAGUUGUCACCACAUAUCGUGAGCCUGUCUCUGGGUGGAUCGAUAACAUGUAUGGGCCCUGUGGCAUCAUUGUCGGUGUGGGCUCUGGAGUGAUGCGCAUCUUCAGUGGCAAAGUGGAAAAUAAAGCCCAUAUGGUACCUGUCGAUCUGUGUGUUAAUGCCCUGUUGACCAGUGCCUGGGAUAUAGCACGCAACACUUACGAUACACCACCCAUUUACAAUUAUGUGCCGGAUUCGGAAAACAUCUCCAGUUGGCGUGAGUUCAUGGAAUAUGCCAUCGAGUAUGGCCGCAAACUGCCAUUGCGUAAAUCAAUAUGGUAUCCUUGCUUCACCAUUGUCAGCGUCAAAUGGCAAUUCGCCCUGCUCUCCUUUUUGUAUCACACAUUACCCGCCUUAUUUAUGGAUAUGUUAAUGUUGGUUAUUGGCAAAAAACCCAGAAUGUUGAAAAUUUAUCGCAAAAUCCACAAAUUUUGCUCGGUGAUGGAAUAUUUCUCGUCGAACGAAUUCAUAUUUGACAACAGCAAUGUGCGAGCACUCUGGGACAAAUUGGAUGCGAAGGAUAAGCAAUUGUUUGCGUUCGAUAUGCGGCCGAUAGAUUGGACUGAACUGUUUCGCAUCAGCUUGUGGGGCCUGCGGUCCUAUGUGGUGAAGGAUGAGCCCAGCACCGUGCCCGAGUCGGUGAAGCGACACGAACGCUUAAAAAUCCUGCACUAUACAACGUUGUGUGUGAUUUAUGCUUUGGCGUUUUUCAUUUUGUAUCAAUUAUUCAAAUUUGUCGUUUUGUGAAAAGGACUCUGAACGAUUCCGAGUGAAAGAGAUAGAGUGUGAGAGAGAGGGAGAGAGAAAACAAAAGCGCGCGCCAAAGCAGGCCGGAAAUGUAAAUGACUUCUUCCGGAUUUGCCUUACAUCCUUCUGGGCUGUCCUUCUACGAUGUCCUCUUUUCAUCAUUGCUUUUCAUGUUUUUAUUUUUAUUUUUCUUUUUAGUUUUUUUUUUCGCAUUUCCCAUCACUUUUCGUUUGUGUAUAUUUUCCCUUUGUUUAGCCAGCAGUACGAAAUUUAUUACUUCAUCUUCCUUCCUUGAUGUGCUGCUUGUCUUCAUGUUCAAAUGCCUAUCUGUUUUAGUUUUAUUUUUAAGUGUAACACAAUUUUGUUUUUAUUGUCAUACUACAGCGAGUAUUCUCUUUUUUUUUAUUUUUAUGAUGAUUAUUAUAA